AUGGCGAAUCCCCAGUCCAGCGACAUUCCCCCACGAGUCCACCGUCUCAAAGCCCAGAUGGUAGCGCACAGUCUCGACGCUGUCAUCUGCAUGAAGCCUGAGUCCACCUUCUACCUGUCCGGCUUCAACCCGAUCAUCUACUCCGAACCCAUCUUCGUCAUUCUCACCCCCCACCUGGAUCCCAUUCUCCUCGUGCAUGUGCUUCGCGGGAAGCACGCCGAGGCCAGUACCUGGACCCCGAAUCUCUUUCUGUACGGCACCUGGUCGAACAUUACCACGCUGGCCCCAACCUGGCCGGCAGCCCUAACCACGCUCCUCGGCGAUGGCAACAGCAAACGCAUCGGAGUCGAGCAAGAAUUCCUCCCCGUGACGCAGUUUCACCAGCUCGUCCAGGCCCUCCCGACCGCGCAACUCGCCGACUGCACCGCAUUGAUUCACCAGUGCCGCGAGCUUAAAGACGCCGACGAGAUCGCCAGCGCCCGCAUCGCGGCCCAGCUCGCCGACCGCGGCAUGGAGGCCGCCGUGGCAGCCCUGCAGCUCCAGGGUGCGACCGAGCGGGACGUCGUGUUGGCCUCAAUGCGGGCCAUGCACGAGGACUGGGCUGCCCACUACCCGGACGUCGAGAUCUGCGACUUUGGAUCCCUGGAGGGCGGUUACACCAGUGGGUUGACGGCCUGGGUGCUCUCCGGUCCGCGGCAGUCGUUCGGUUGCGAUAACCCCGUCCAGCGAGUACCGCAGGCGGGCGAGACGGUGUCUGUCUUUGUCUGGACGGUGGCAAAUGGGAUGCAUGCCGAGCUGGAGCGGACGGUUUGUAUAGGAAGCGUGGCGGCGUCGGAGAAAGAGGCCCUCCACGCGACUUUGGACAUCCGGGGUGAGAUUGCGCUGCGAUUGACGCCAGGCACGGCGGUCGGUGAGUUAUAUGAGACGGCAAAGAAGGGCUACGACCGCAGAGGGUAUGGCGAGUAUCUCCCCGGGCGCAUCGGCCAUUCCAUCGGACUGGGCCCGCAUGAGCUGUUUUCCAUCGAUGCUCGGUCGGAUCGCACUCUGUUGCCCGGCAUGAUCGUCUCGCUCGAGCCUCAUAUCCAUAUCGAUGGUGUCGCGAGCACCCAGUACUCUGAUACCAUUCUCAUCACCGAGGACGGCCAUGAGUGCCUGACUCGGUUUCCGGCCAGAGUCAUCCAGGUAGCCCAGGCGAUCUAUACAUGA